AUGAAUCAACGUAUGGCAGAUCUACCGAGCGUACGUAUCACGCAAGCACUUCCGUUCGUAAACACCGGAUGUGACUACGCAGGACCCAUUCUUCUAAAGGACGCAAAGGUGCGUAAACCACGCAUCAGCAAGGGCUACAUAUGCCUAUUCGUUUGUAUUCGUUAUAUCACUUCGGCGAUCCAUCUAGAACUCGCCACGGACCUAUCCACAGAAAUAUUUCUGGCGGCGUUGCGACGAUUUUUCUCGAUACGAGGCAAAUACAACCGCAUGUACACCGACAAUGGUACAAAUUUCAUCGGAGCGAAGCGAUCCCUCGAUGAAAUGAAGAAACUCUUAAGUUCAUCUCAACACAAAGAUCAAAUCGUGAACACCCUUGCCGACGAAGGGAUUCAAUGGACAUUCAUCCCACCACGUGCUCCGCGUUGGGGAGGAAAAUGGGAAUCUGCAGUUCGAUGCGUAAAGCUGCAUCUUCAACGAGCAAUUGGAAACACCACACUGACAUAUGAACAAAUGCGCACCUUGCUGGCGCAAAUUAGUGCUGUCGUGAACUCACGACCCCUAUGCUACACCUCAGAUACUAAUGACAGCUAUCUAUCACCAGCCCAUUUUCUUAUCGGAAGACCAUUCACGAUAAUACCGGAGGCGGAUUUUGGCCACAUUCCUGUAGGCCGAAUGGGAUACUGGCUUCAGGAAACAAUGGCACCAGGAGUAUCUGACAAGUCUACAGCAGCGUCCUAA